CGGAGGUUUUAAAGAAUCAAGGGGAUUCGGGGCGUGCUUGUAACAGGAAGUUGUUUACCAGAAAAAUAACCUUUAUUCAUAAAAAAAAGUUCCAUCGAAAACGCCCUCAUCUUCCUGCUCGCUGCUCUCCUCUGCUCGUGCACUGCAUCGGUAGCUCUGUGAAUCUCUGUGAUCGCCAUAUUUUGGCCAUUUCCAAUCGCCUUUGCUUCUCUGGAAUGCAACUUGGAGCAUUAUUGUGGUAUCAAAAUUGCUAUUGUUAGAAGGCACUGCUUUCUCUUCCAGCAGGUCCUGCGCCAUUGGACGGUGGUAACUUGGUGGAGAGUGUAUUAAGCCCGGUUGAGCUCAUAGAGUUGAGGGAUGCCUCAUACAAUAUUGGCCAAGAAACAUGGUGGGGAUCAGUUGGAUGGGAAUGCACAGAAAAUGCAGAGGUCAAAGAUAGGGAGGAGCUCAGAUGAUGGUGACAAUAAAAAGAGUCUAGCAAAAAGACUCAAAGAUGUCGAAAUCAGCAUCCCAAUAGUCUAUGGGACUAUAUCUUUCUGGCUCGGGAAGAAAGCAAAUGAGUAUAAUUCACAUAAAUGGACAGUCUACAUCCGUGGGGCCACAAAUGAGGAUCUGAGUGUGGCAAUCAAACGUGUUGUUUUCCAAUUGCAUCCAAGUUUUAAUAAUCCAAUUAGAUCUGUUGAGUCACCACCCUUUGAGUUAUCUGAAUCAGGAUGGGGAGAAUUUGAGAUAGCAAUCAGUGUUCACUUUCAGAGUGAUGUUUCAGACAAACCAUUGGACUUGUUUCACCAUUUGAAACUGUAUCCGGAAGAUGAGUCUGGCCCACAAUCAACAAAAAAACCUGUUGUUGUGGAGUCAUAUGAUGAAAUCGUUUUCUCAGAGCCUUCAGAAGCUUUUUUCGCUCGAGCCCAGAAUCAUCCUGCUGCCACUCUAUCCAGGCUUCCUGUAGGUUUAAGCUCAAUGCCGGCUGGGUCCCUUGAAAACACGAAUGACAGGAAAAGAGGUGAUACCAAGGAUCAUCCACUGAGCCAGUGGUUCAAUAAUUUUUCGGAGGCUGAUGAAUUGUUGAAGCUUGCAACUGCCCGUCAGCAGAUACAAGCUGCCAUAGUGAAGCUUAAAAGACAGCUCAAUAUGCUUGAGUCUCAAGCUCAACAGACAAGACCUAGUUCUGAUCAGUGAACUGUAUGGAGUUUCCUCAUUGGGUCUGUUGCAUGGGGUUUAAGACUCACCAAGUUUUAUACUCGUACUCCUCCUCCUCCUCAUCCUACUCUCUCACUCUCUCUCUACCCGUUUAACACACAUGUAUGUAUUUGAUUAAACAUUGACAUGUCUCUCUCAUCCUACCCAUCUAAAGCAUGUGUAUGACGCAAGUGAUGAAAAGAUAUCUAUUUUCAGUUUGAUUGAGAUCAAUUUGGUCAUCUAUCUUCAUUUAGCAGUAGCUGGACAUCCUAUUUUGAGUUGAGAAUCCAUUGUUCGGCUUUAGUUAACGUGAUCUAUGUCUAACAAGGCGAAGGUGUGGAAGAAUUUUGUAGUGAAUGGCAUGAAUAUGUGUUUUGUCUCUAUUUUAAAUGUGGGACUGGCUUUGUUACUUAUAAUAAUUUAUUGAGCUAUCUGAAUAAAGUUGGGAUAAUGCUCGGAUGAUGAUGUUGAUAAUGAUGA